UCACAACAGGUUGUUUACAUCGGAAAUGCAGGGCAGUGCGGACCAUACACCGGAUGAUUGUUUGAAGCCGCUGGAAAUACCUCUUGAAGCCAUGAAAACAUGUUACUUCCUCUUAGUCUUUUAGAUAAUGUACAUGUAUAAUGAAUGUUUGAUAUGUCCUGACAUAUCACAUACUGUAGGAUGUUGGUUGGCUACAGCAGCAGCUCGGAGGACGACAGCGAAGCGGCGAUUGAUCUAAACAAAAGCUGCUCUUCAAAGUUUCAAGAGGAGGACGAUGGUAACGAUGGCUCCCCAGUGAGGAAGAAACCCAAAACUGAAGAAGAGGUUACUAAAACUAGGCUGCCUCUCCCUAGUUGCCUGCUGGCCAUGUUCCCAGAUGAAGUGGACCCACAGACUGAAGACAGCUCUCUUCAUGGUGGACGUAUCCGCUCUUUCAAACAUGAGAAAGGAAACUGGGCCACCUAUGUUUAUUUGCCAUACCAUCCCGAGGAGGAGUUCAGGGAGUUGUUGGAGGAGCUGCUUUCAGCUGCCAGGGUCCAUGGUGUGGUUAUGACCCCACAGGAGGAGUUCCACCUCAGCCUGUCUCAGACAGUGGUGCUGAGACACCACUGGAUCCAGCCCUUUACACAAAGCUUAAGGGCAGACAUAGCACACUGCAAAAGGUUUGUGUGCUCAGCAGGGAAGCUAAGGGUCUAUUGUAACGCUGAGAGGACGAGGACAUUCUUGGGAAUGGAAGUGUGUACUGGGCAUGCUCAGUUGUUGGACCUUGUCCAAGUUGUGGACAGAACAAUGACAGAGUUUCGACUAGACACUUUCUACAAGGAUCCAUCUUUCCAUGUGAGUCUGGCUUGGUGUGUUGGAGACCUGACAUCACAGAUGAGGGAAUGCAUUCAGGAGAUGCAGCGUGUGGUUGAUGACCAUGAAGAAGGACCUUUUCCUCUGAGGUUGGAUGGCGUGGAGAUGCGCUGCAGGACUGGAAACAAGACCUUCCGCUUCCCCCUGGAGCCCUAAAACCUGACAAGACAGAAACCUCUCAUGUCACGUCAUUAGCCACAUUGCAAAGCCAGGAGAAGGACUCACCAGAUUCAUUACAACUGUUGCUCACAUUUUGACCAUGAAGAUGAAAGUAACCUAUCAGCUUUUAUCAGACUUUGGUAAUCCCCUUUAAUAACUGCUGACAGGUAUGUAGCAUGUCCUGGCAAAGAUAUAAAUAUAAAUAAAGUUGCCACUUGUUUUAUA